GAGUCGCACUGCGAUGAAAGUUUCAGCCUCUGUUAAGAAAAUUUGUCGGAAUUGUAAAAUCAUCCGUCGCAAGGGCGUUGUCCGCGUUAUUUGUACAGACCCGCGCCACAAGCAGCGCCAGGGUAUCAACAUUCCGGUUCAUCAGCACACUGAGAUCGGUCUAACCGCAAUCUACGGUAUUGGGCGCUCCACUGCUCGCAAAAUUUGCGAAGCGUGUGGCAUUGCCUACUCCAAGAAAAUCAAAGAGUUGACGGAUGGCGACUUGGAGAAAAUCCGUGACCAGUUGCUUCAGUACACGCUUGAGGGCGACUUGCGCCGUGAGGUGACCAUGGGCAUUAAGCGCUUGAUGGAUAUUGGUUGCUAUCGUGGCUUCCGUCAUCGCCGUGGUCUGCCUGUGCGCGGUCAGCGCACGCGCACCAAUGCACGCACGCGCAAAGGCCCGCGUAAAGAAAAGAGUACCCUAAUGGCAAAAUCACCCAGCAACAGCGCAUCUCAGCGUGUGCGCAAGAAAAUUCGCAAAAACAUCCCCGAUGGCAUUGCGCAUGUUCACGCUUCGUUUAACAACACCAUUAUCACUAUCACCGAUCGCCAGGGCAAUGCUUUGUCUUGGGCCUCUUCUGGUGGGCAAGGUUUUAAAGGCUCGCGCAAAUCUACGCCAUUUGCUGCGCAGGUGGCUUCAGAAGUGGCUGGUCGCGCGGCGAUGGAGCAGGGCAUCAAAAAUUUGGAAGUGGAAAUCAAAGGUCCAGGACCAGGCAGGGAGUCUUCUGUUCGUGCAUUGGGCGCUUUGGGUAUACGCAUCACCUCUAUUGCCGAUGUAACGCCUGUUCCGCACAACGGG